AUGGCGACUGAAGGAUAUGUAGACCAAGAUGGCGCCUUCCAUUUAUGGGGUCAUUUUGACGGUUUGAGUUUUUCUAAACCAGUUCCUUGUGAUUUUCUGCGUUAUACUCCGUCAACCACUCCGUCAGACGUUCUAGACGAUAUUAAAAAAUUGGUUCAAACAUUUUGUUCUAAUUUAAAUCUUCGAUCUGUGUUUUUUAAUGUCGAUCUUUGGGUGACAACUGACCCAGAAACAGGGAAAGUCGACAUCGAACUUAUCGAGAUUAACAUAAGAGUUUCCCAGACACUUUUCUAUCUUUUUGAUUUCAUAAAACAACCUAACAGUUUCCAGGCAGCGUUAUCGGUGGCCCUGGCGCAGGAUAAUGAAAUCAAGCGUCCGAUUUUAACAGCUCAAAACGGCACAAGUGGAAUUUUUUUAAUUAAAACUUGUGUUUCCGGUCCAGCGACAGACAUCUUUGAUUUUUCCCAGAUUCCCCUUCUGAAAAAAGAGCAUGGUGGAAAGUUUUCUGUAUAUUUAUAUAUUGAUGAAGGAGAUUACGUGAAACAGGAUUAUAAUAAAUAUGGUAGGACAAUUUGUCGCUGUCAUCUGGUAGCUGAAUCUUGUGAGGAGUUGAAACAACAAACGUAUAAAAUAACCAAUCAGUUGUUAAAACAGAUCUCUGAUCAUCGUCAAUUUUAA